AAGAACACAUAUGCUACAUACUUUUAUUUUUUUUAAUUCCUCGCUAACAUAUUCGCGGUCGAAAGCUAGUAAAAGUACAAAGACAAAGGAAACUAAAUAUCUGUAAGCAAUUAUGAGCUAUAGGCGACGCUAGCCGAAAUUCUAAGCAAAAUCUAGAAAGAGUGAGGGGAGCCCUCCCCUUGUUUUCCCCUGGCGAUGCGUAAUGUGAUGAGCUAUUGAAAAUUUAGCACUAUAAAUAAAACAUUUGAUAUUUAAACGCAACAAUACUAGAACCGGCUUUUUCUUUACAAUCCGUUGCUUCGUUGAGACAAGACUCACAGUAUUCUCGAUAGCCUUUAAAGGAACGGAUGUUUUCGGAAAAACCUAUGACCAGUUGCGAAGUGCAUACAGAUAAUUACGAAUACUUCAAGUUACAAUCCAAAGUUAUUCUGAUAUAUUAGCAAAACGUUACUGAGAGAAGUUGCCCCGAGACGUGGCUCAUAGAAAUAAAUCAAGAUGGCUUUUAACAUUGUUGCAAAUUUACUUGUAACAAUGUGUGUUACCAUAACAACUGCUACAGCAUGGAACAUUCCUGAUGAAUCUGUCCAGCUCAAAAGCAUAUCAAGCCAAAUCCAAAACUUGAAAAGUUUGCUAAACCAGCCAAAUAGACCAUCAUAUAAAUAUAACUAUGGAUCACUAGUGCCUUGGGAUAACAAUAACAUGAAUUCUGAUUACGAAAGAUACUUAAGACAACAGUAUAUACUACCAAUACUUAAUUCAUUAAGUGAGGUCUCAGAACAAAUUAUCAAAAACAUCAAAGACAAAACACAACGGGAAAGUGUUAACAUACCUUAUCCAAUGAAUUAUUAUCCACCUAGGUUUAAUUUUGGAGAUAUCGGGGAUAAAUCUUCAACAUUUAACGCUCCUUUCGGUACAGUUAGUGGUUGGGGUAUUGCUUCAUAUGGAGAGUCCCAAAGUCAAAACAGUCAAAACGGUGGAAGCAGUUACAGUAGCGAUGCAAAUCCAUUGUCAAUAGGUUCUUCGUCUUACGGUGGAUUUGGUUCAUUUACGCCUAUAACAUCUGAGUCACAAGGCCCGUUUUCCGGAGAUAGUUCAGGGCCACCAGUUAUCCCUUCAAGAUUUCCAUCAAUCUCAAAUCGAAGACCGGCAGAUUUCGACGAUAAUCGAAAUUGGGGGAUCGUUUUAGACGACAAAGAUGAUAAAGCACUAACUACACCUAAGCCACAUCAAGAGUGCGACUGUGAAGAACAAAACAAAAACAUAACAUCUUUAGCAAUCAAGUUGAAGAUGAGGAGUGCAGAAACAAGUCCCGGGACUUGCAAAGCUGUUAUUUUGCUUUGCUGCGUCCCCGGGAAUAACGAGGAGCGCCGUAAGGAAUGUUUCACGGAACAGGGAUGUCCUCGAAGCUAUUCCACGGGAAUCGCGUGCCUGCCUGUUGUUAUCCAAGCUGUCUUUAAAGAUAUAUACGGAAAUAUUUAGAGAAGAUGAUUUUUAUCAGCUCCGUCAAGAUAUUGUACUUCAACAUACUAAUACGAUCAUGAUUAAAACAUUAUAUUAGGCAGUUUUCAAACAUGAUUUAGAAUUUA